UGUGCGCAAAAGUGUUUAAUAAGGUGUCAAAAUGGUUAAUAAGCUUAUCAUAGUUGUACUAGUUUAUCACGUGUUUACUAUUAAUGCCCAGCGGUUAAAAUUAGAUAUACUAAAUUUGCCAAUGUCUGAACUAUGGAAUGAAGCUACCACUCGAACAGCGAUUAGAAACUUUGAAUCAUAUAGACUACCAAAUACGUCGGUGCCGAUUCAUUAUAAUUUACUUCUGGACACAAACGUUCAUCUCGAUAACUUCACCUUCAUUGGAAAAGUUCAAAUUCAGUUAACUACUUUGGAAAAUACGAAACAAUUGGUGCUGCACAGUUCUGGCAAUGAAAUCACCAAUGUUCAGCUCUAUAACUCUAAUCAACUAACACUUCCUUUGAAAAAUUUUGAGUUGGAUAUUGAGAAGGAAUUUCUCGUUAUAAACCUCAAAGAAACACUACCGGCCGGGUCAAGAUAUCAACUUGUGGUAGAUUUUUUCGGAGAACUGCGUGACGACUUACUUGGUUUCUAUCGUUCAUAUUACGUUGGUACGGACGGAACUACAAAACAUAUCGCAGUAACUCAAUUCGAAACAAAUUAUGCACGAAGAGCUUUUCCAUGCUUUGAUGAACCAGGAAUCAGAGCUACAUUCUCUAUAAGCAUCAGCUGUGGGUUAAGUUACAGAGCAACAUCCAAUAUGCCGAUUGCAGGAAUAACGAUUCAGUCAAACCAGAAGAAAUUGACUCGUUUCCGUGUGACACCACGUAUGUCAACCUAUCUGGUGGCUUUCAUGGUAACAGAUUUUGUCAGCAAGAGAGUUAUCCUGAAAGAACCAACGAGACUUACGAUGGAAUCGUACGCGCGGCCCAGUGCAUCCGAUCAACUCAAUCUCGGUCUACAGAAGGGCGAAGAAGCCAUCCGGUCCUUGGAACAAUAUUGCAACCAGACUUACGAUUUACCGAAGCUGGAUCAGGUAGCUGUGCCGGACUUCUUUUUCGGUGCCAUGGAAAAUUGGGGAUUGGUUAAGUAUGGCGAGCAGUAUCUUUUGUAUGACGAAAAUAAGUCGACCAAUCGAGAUAAGGAAAAUAUCAUCAACAUCAUAGUUCACGAGUUUGCUCACCAGUUUUUUGGCAAUCUGGUUACUCCUAAGUGGUGGACAGAUAUUUUCCUUAGUGAAGGGUUCGCUACUUUUUAUUCUUAUUACAUUGGGGCAGAAAUUGCACCGGACAUUCGUUUUCGAGAAUUUUUUACCAUCGAAGCCCUACAGCUGGCAUUAUAUGCGGAUAGCAUGAAAUCCACCAGACCUCUAUCGUAUUUUGUGGAGUCCAAUCCAAUAUCAUUGUUCGAUGUUAUUGCCUACGAGAAAGGUGGAAGCAUUUUCCGUAUGUUGAAUUACGCAUUGAAGGAACAAACAUUUCAAAAAGGUAUUAGACGAUACUUGCAAACCAACAAAGACAGUGCAGUGGACGUUUACGAUUUAUUUGAGAGUCUUCAAUCUGCAGCGAAAGAGGACGAUGUUCUACCACUCGGCACAACGAUCGAAACAAUUAUGAGCCCUUGGAUUUUUCAAUCGGGAUAUCCGUUAGUCACGGUCAGUCGCAUGGCAAGUACCAAUGAGCUUGUAUUUGAACAAGAACAUUUCUCGGAAGAUGUAGCUUUUCUUCGUACCUGGUGGAUACCAAUCAACUACCAUGUGGGUAGUCAAAUUAUACCAAAUGAAAACGAAAAUCUAUUCUGGUUGCCUCAAGGUGUUUCCCAGAUUUCUGUUCAAAUAGAUAUUCCAACCGAAGCAUACGUCUUGGUGAAUCCACAUCAGACCGGAUUUUAUCGAGUCAACUACGAUACCGAACUGUGGCAACGGUUGAUAAGUCAAUUAAAUCUUGAUCACACCAAAAUUCCUCCAGUUUCCAGAGCACAACUGAUUGACGAUUCGAUCAAACUGGUUCGAGCAAAUAAACUGGAGAUUGUCAUAAGUUUCGAAAUUAUCAAAUAUCUGCAGUAUGAGACUGAUUACAUACCGUGGUAUGCUGCGUUCGCUUCCUACAACUUGCAAUCCAUAAAUAAUGGUCUGGUAGUUGACGAGGAGGCUUAUCAGGCGUUUCAGAUAUUCCUAAACUCAUUGACUACAACUCUGUUGCAAACGGUAGGAUUUGUGGCACUUCCGAAUGAGCCCCCCGAACAUCAACGCCUAAGAACUUGGGCUAUCGAAUGGAACUGUCGUAUGGGUUCAACUACAUGUCGUUCCUCCGCAAAUCAACUAAUGACAACUGAACUUCAAAACACUCAACGCCUUCCAUUGUACAUAAGGCAUAGUAUCUAUUGUGGUGGGCUUAUGGAGUCUUCCGAAGAGCAAUUGGACACUGUUUUGAAAACCUUCCAAGAAUCAAAUGAUCCGACUGAAAGAUCAAUGCUUAUCUCAGCUCUUGGGUGUAAUGAGAACAAUAAUUUUUUGUUAAAUUAUUUAAGCCUAACAUUGAAUGGAAAUCUACAAGUCGGAGAAUGGCAGAGGAUAUUCAGGUCCGUUUACUCCAGGAACAACAUUGGAUUCCGCUCGUUUUUAUCAUGGCUGGAGCUUCAUUCUCCCGAAAUUAUCGAAAAAUUUGGAGCUUACCCGGAUUUUGUACAGAUCCUGGCCGACAUUCAAUCAAGAACUGAAAAACUAACCGAAUUCAGUGCGCUCAUUGAUCUAUUGAAAGCUGAUAUGAACGCAAAACUCAUUACUAGUCCAAUAUGAGGUUAGAUAACCGCAGAUUACUAAUUGCAUACCGGACAAUCGAAACCUUUCUACUCGAUAAGCUAUAAUCAAUAUAGAAACAAUAAAUUCAGCGUGAAAAUACUCAUAUGAAUUAUGGCACAAAAACAGAUGGAACCGAUAUAUGUUGUCAUCUAAUGAUUUCAAUUACCGGGGUGGAAUUAUACAACCAAGUUGAAUCGACGUCGUUAAUCAACAUAACCACACUGAUCCUCGAAUGAAGAUUCCGAAAGUCAAGUAAAUAGUGUUCAAUGCUUCCUAAAUAGAA